AUGGCAAAAGAAGUCGUCAAACAAGACGGCACCACUCAUGUUGAGAAUGACGGUACGCCGAAGAAAGCAUCUUUGGGCCAAAAGGUCAAGCGUCAUUGCGCGCGAUUCUGGUGGCUCGACCUGCUGAUUUUUAUCGCCGUCGUGCUCGUCAUUGUCCUUCCAAUUGUCUACGUCGGAUACCCAAAUCUGGCCCAAAAAGAAGUCAACAAAGGCGUUCUGAACAUCACAUCGAUGUCACUAUCCGACCCAGCACCAGACUCAUUCACACUGGAGCUGGACAGCGUGCUCAGCACGACAUCCAAAUAUCACCCUGAGCUCGCGGCCUUCAAUGGCUCAUUGCAUCUCAAGGACAGUGAUCCUGCAUUCGCAUAUCUCGACAUCCCCAAGGUCAAGGCCGAGAAUGGCACGGUCAGCCACGUCGACCAACGUGUCCAGAUAGCCGACAUGACCGAAUACACCAAGUAUACGAUGACCGUGCUGGGCACCGAGGAGUACUCCAUCUACCUCAAGGGCCGAGGCGGGCUCCAGCAGGGCGGCCUCCCCAAGACCAACGUCAACUAUAACCAGAAGAUCACCUUGAAAGGCAAGUCUAGUCUCAACAGCCUCAAAGGCUUCAACCUGACGUCGUUCAACAUCCUGACCAGCGAGCAAGAAGACGGCGCCAACGCGAACGGCACAAUCACGAUCCCGAACCCGACCGUGCUGAGCGUCGAAAUGGGCACCGUCACCCUCGACAUGUCCGUGGCUGGCACACCAGUCGGAGUCGCCACGAUCGAAGACCUGGUCCUCAAGCCCGGCGACAACUCCUUCGACAUGCGCGCCGUCACCAACCAGACCACCGUCGUGACCAUGAUUUUCACAGACUACAAGAGUGGCAUUCUGCCCAUUGAUGUCGUCGGCAAGACGGCCGUCUUCAAUAACCAGUCGCUGGGAUAUUACGAGAAGGCUCUUCAGUCGAACAAGCUGAGUUUUGAGCUUGAUGUCAUUGCUGCCCUUAGGCGCGCGGGAUUGGCUGACGCCUUGGGUAUCUCCAAUUCGACCAGUAAGGCAUGA